AUGAAGCGCGACGCAGAGCAGCGCCAGGGUCCGUCGCCCGCACGCCGCCGCGCCCGCACCGAACCACGCUCACCCCGAUCACCAGCCCAGGACGAGCAUCCAGUCUUCGGCAAGCCGCUGCGUGAAAGCUUGCGCUACGCCUCCGUGCAAAUAUCCACUGCGAAUGCCAACGGCGAACUAUACGUAUGGGGCUGCAUCCCCGUCGUCGUCGCUAAGUGCGGGCUAUAUCUGAAGGAGAACGCAACUGAGGUCCCCGGCACCUUCCGCGUCAACGGGUCCAACAAGCGCAUGCGCGAGCUUCAGCAGGCUUUUGAGACGCCCCCACGCUAUGGCAAAGACCUGGACUGGAAACAGGAAACAUAUACCACUCACGACGUUGCCAGCGUCUUCCGAAGAUACCUCACCCAGAUGCCAGAACCGGUCAUACCCUACGACCUCUAUCACGACUUCCGCGAUGCCCUCGCAAAGCAGCCCAACACCCACGAGCAGGUCGUCACCACCUACAAGCGCCUCCUCCGCCAGAUGCCCCCGCCGAACCAAUACCUCCUCCUUUACGUCCUCGACCUCCUCUCAGUCUUUGCGCGCAAAUCGGACAAGAACCUAAUGACUGCCGAGAAUCUCGCCGUCAUCUUCCGCCCAGGCAUAAUCUCGCAUCCCUCGCACGAGCUUUCGCCUAACGAGCACCGGCUCAGCCAGAAGGUCCUCGAGUUCCUCAUCGCGCACCAGGAGCUCUUCAUCUUUGACAUCCCCCCGCCUCCCGGAACGCCUGGGUCGCCGAUUGAUGAGGACUUCGUGGCGGUGCCAAGCUCUGACGACGAGCAGUCGCAGGUAGGCGGCGGGUGGCGAUUGGUCGGGCGCAAUCGCUCGCAACGUGUAGCGCGAAGGAAGACAAUAGACCGCACAGGUAAGCGUUCGCUAUAG